AAGAAAACCUUUGUGCUCCUCAGUUCAACACUCACGAGAACACCCUCCGUUCGAAUGAAAGGUUAGUAGCAUCUACAACUUACCUUUUAACAGUUGCUGAUGCUGCCAAGAUGUUUUAUAGAAACUCAUUCACAACAUUAUAUAUCCAGUCCUUCGAUAGCCUUGUUAACGGGCGUGCUAUCUGGGGCCAUAAUGAAUGACGAUACAGAUGGUGCACUGCUGGACAUAGUUCAGCGACAGUCACGGCCGCUUAUUGGAAGCCUAGAGGUCCCGACCUUUUUGACAAGUAUCGGUAUCAAGCUUUGUCUGCAACAUGUCAAAGGAUCCAGAGCAGCGGUAGAUAGUCAUCAGGUGGAGGUAUGCGCGGAGGAGCAAACUUUGCAUGCCAUAAUCCGAGGGUAUGACGACGAGCUCCCCACGGGGAGAACUAUUACAGUUAUGAAAACACUUGCUAUGCAUAUCAGGACCUUUUUGCCGAUGUUCCCCACCUGGACAAGAUUAACAUUCGACCCUGCCAGCCCUGUCCGCCAAGCAUAUGAGUUUCUCUGUAUCUGUAUCACUGCAUGCAACAUACAUAUUGACCUGGGAUCACCGAGCAUCCAGCGAUAUAACGAGUUGCGGUGCAGUGGGCUUGCUCAUGAAGCAGCACUUCAAUAUGUGUAUUCCGUGCCGUGAAGUACUAUGCUGUUGCUAGGUGAUGUGGUUGCAUUAUUGGAUAGACUAUACCGAGUAUUCCAGCAAAUUCCAUACAAUCCAGCUGCUUUCCCCAUGGUUCUUCCACUAGUGUCAGAUGCAUGUACUGUGUGGCUCUACCUCUCCUACCUUUGGCUGUGCUAUACAUGGCAAUCAGAGGAUGUUCAUUUUAAUACCCCAACACUAUACUGGUCUCACAGCACCUUGCUCAUGGUGUUUCACACGUUGAGCGUGGUAGGUGAAGACGGAAGUCCAUCAACGUGGAGGGCAUGUCUCUGUAUGCUCCGAGGAUUCAAUAUUGCAGCGCAUAUUGCGCUACAAAGUUUCAGCACAUUCC